AUGUGGGAGUCAUCCAGUCAAGAGAACGUAUCGAAUUUAAACAAGCAUAAUUUAAAGUUGAAGCUCCAGUUAAACAAGCAUGCUUAUUACAUUUUGAAAGUUACACGAGGUGGAGCCUUCAGAGGACCUGGUGUGCCAAGAGUUGCGAGUGUAUCAGCACCUCCUGCACCAGCUCCCGUUCCGCGACAAUCUAGUUUCACAGGUUGGACUGGACCUAUGGUUCCUCGAUUCCAAGGAAUGAGAUCAUACGAUCAAGACAGAAGGACUUAUCAGCAACCCUCGUCUCGGCAAUACCAAUACGCGCCUCGGUUUGACCCCACCACCCCACUGCCCUCGGAUGAAAUUUUUGAACGGCUGAGCGAAAUCCCGGGACUUAGAGCAAUUCCAUCCGGAGAAAUUAAUGUCAGGACGGAACUGUUUAGGUGGAGAGGUAUUUAUGUUAUGAGAACGGUUGAGGCAGAGCCGUCUGUAGUCUCGCUGUUGAUCGUCCUCACGAGGGUUGCCGAGACCAUGAGUCGUAUCCAAGGACCGCCGGUCCUCCUUCAUCAUGAUGUCGAGUUCGACGUGGCCACUGGUAAUUUGUAUCGGACACAAAUUUGGACAUCAAGAACAUCACUGAGAGAUUAUGUAGGCUAUGAUCCUCCAAGGCCCAUUCGCUAUCUACCCAUUGCAUAUCGUGGUUUCCUUAAUGUUUUGGAACGAUUGCCUGAAGCCCCACCGGCAGCUCGUAUCCCCUCACCAACCAGAGGCGGGAGCGCGGGCGUACCCUCAAUUUCUUCGGGAAUAGUGACCGGUCGCCCUCGGCACCGGGGCGCCCUUUACAGUCCUCCUCCCUCACCACCGCGGCCGGCGCCGCCGCCUACGAAACCGAAGAAAAUUGUACCGCCCUAUCCGACUGAUACACCGGCCGAGGACGAAGAUGCCGAAGACACGUGCUGUAUAUGCUGUGAAAGAGUGCAGAAUACACGGUACAUGCCAUGCAAGCACCAAUUCUGUUUUAGUUGCACCGAGGAGAUCAGAAAAACAUCCCCUUUCAAAUGUCCCAAUUGUCGUUGCGUAGUCGAUAACUACGGCAAGAUUCCGUCUGAUUCUGAUUGAUAUUUAAUCGUGCACGCAAUUACACUCCAGUAACUGAGAAAUUGUUUUAGUCUUACAUACGUUUUCAAAUUAAAGUUUCUCGAUUAGCGAUGUCAAAGGUGGGGAACCGCGUUUCUCCGUUUUCGACUAUCCCUAUGCGUUGCGGAAUUCCUGUCAUUCUCUGUUAUUUUUUGGAAUACACGUCAACGUAGUCUCUUAAGAACUUCCUUGAUAUGUCUCUUCUGUCGGUAGAAUAUUUUGUAUAAACUUUAGGCUAUAAAAUUGGAUUGUUUUUCCUCGAAAGAAUAGAAUAAGAGCGGAAAUUUGGCAACAUCGUAAUGGAAAAACAUGGCUCCACACUUUGGCCAUCAAUAGACACAAUAAAAUAGGUCUCGUGGAAAAUAAACAACUUUCACCCCGUAAAUAUGAAAGGUAAAAACUUAGAAUUUAUUGCCUCUGAAAACUACGCUUUAUUCAAAUCGCAAACUUGAGAUUGGCUUGACAUACUCGUAUUUUGAGAUUUUUUUAACGCUCAAUUGUUUGUAAAUUAUCGAAUUUUUAGGGGUAAGAUUGUGAUUAUGAUUUCUGUAGAGCUAAAAACCCUUUCACAUCCAAAAAUUCAAAUUCAUAGCUAAUUUUACUGUGUAAUAUAAGAUAAUGAGAGCACCGCAUGACGUAGGUGGUGUAACUAAGUAACUGUUGGUAACUGUAGUGUCAAUCUACAUUUUAGAACUUUUAAAAUUGGUUCGGGAUAAUGAGAACAAUUUUGUCACAUUAAAAAAUGUCCCUUCAUAUACGACCAGAGAUAGGAGCGAUGUUCAACUGUCCUUUGUUAAAUCCGUCAAAUUUUGUAGUUCCCUUUGUUUUCAAGCAGCCAGGCUUUCUAUAAUAAACUGCUUAAACUAAUUAAAGGUAUUGAAGAUAAUAGAUCCUUCCUCAAAAAUGCCAAAAAUAUGUUAUUUGCUAUGCUGAAACCUGUCAUACUGUAGAUGAAUUUUUGAAAUGUCAACUUGUUCUUAUAAAUUGUUGUAAACUAUCUGACAUGUACUGUAACAAUUUUUAUUGUUUUAAAGUGUACCAAUUUAUCAUGAAUAGAUAAAAGGAUAAAUACAUAAAUAAAUAAAAAAAAUAAAAUAAAUGCAUGACGUCUGAGGGUGAAAGCGUUUCGGGGGGUUAUGCCGCGAAGCGGUCAGAGGGCACCACCCCUAAUGUAGUACUUAAGAAUAUUUUAAGAAUAAACGGAAUCAUCCAAACGCAAGUCAA